AUGGGUGGGGAGAAGGGCGGAAGGGGUUUGAACGGGGAAGGAGGGUUCGAGAAGGGAAAGGGUUUUGGGGGGGUUCAGGGGAGAGUGUCGGAUAGUUCCGGUUUUGGUAGAUUUGCAAAGAACGAAGAGGAGGAGGAGGACGAGGAGGAGGAGGGAGAGGUGGAGGAGGAGGAGGAAGAGGAGGAGGAGGAGGAGGAGGAGGAGGAGGAGGAGGAGGAGGAGGAGGAGGAGGAGGAGGAGGAGGAAGAAGAGGAGGAGGAGGAGGAACAGGGGCUGGCGGGGGAAGAGGGGGAGUCGCGCCUGCAGCAGCAGCUAGCAGACGUGCCCUUUGAGGAGAUCCAGCAAAUGAGAAGCCGCGGGUGGGCUGCUGCCCCUCUGAGAGGGACCGGGGACCUUGGUGGGGUCGGGGGGAGAAGUCAGGCCGGCAUUGGUGCUGGUGCUGAUUCUGUCUCUAGUGAUGGUGACGAUGGGGAUUGUGGCGAAGCUGGGAGGGGGAAAGGAGGGGAUAGAGGGAAGGGAGUGAGAGGGGGAGGAGCAGGAGGGGAGGCAGGAGCAGAGGGCAGCAGUGGGGGAGCAGCGGGGGUGGUGGGGCUGAAGCGCAUGAAAGUGCUGGCAGAGGCGGUGCGGCGCCGGGCCAACAAGAACCGACCCAUGGAGCUUCCAGCUAAGAAGCCCGUGCCGCGGCUGAGACAAGUGGUGGACGCCCCUAGGAAGGUUGUUCGAGACCCGCGCUUUGAGUCGCUCUGUGGGGAGUACGACGAAGGCAGGUUCAAAUCUGCUUACAAGUUCCUCUUUGCAGAAACACUUCCCAAGGAGAAAGAGGAGGUGCAGAUGCAGCUGAAGAGGGCAAAGGACGAGGAGGAGCGGAAGAAGAUCAAGCGGCGACUCGCACAAAUUGAGCAGUCAUUGAAGAGUGAGAGCCAGAGGCAGAAGAAGGUGGGGAGGGAGAUGGAGCUGAAGCGGCAGGAGAGAGAGGCUGUAAAGGCGGGCAAGAAACCGUUCUACCAGACCAAAUCGUCUCGCCGGCGUGAAGAGCUGUACGAGAAGUACCAAGAGCUCAAGGCGGGCGGCAAGCUCGACUCAUUUAUGGCGAAGAAGAGGAAGAGAAAUGCAGCGAGGGAGCACACCAAGGUGCCGUUCCGCCGAGAGCAUUAG